UUUAUAUGACCCUGUAGCUCAAGAACGGUGAUUAGAGUUCCGAAGGAAAACCCGGAUGACAGUAUUCCCCGCCCAUUUAUAUAACUGAAGCAUGUCAACAACUGUCACAGCGUAGACUCUCUCAAUCAUUGCGGAGAAAAAAGGUUCACCAAAGUUCUUAGAGAAUGUGGAUUUUGGAUGAGAACAACCUGGCAAUGUGUGCCAUAGUUACUGUUGCUAUGCAGUUCAUCUUCUUCCUCAUCGCAUGUACAUGUAAAUUUGACAAAGUGACAGACUUCGCUGGUGGCACAAACUUUGUGGUGUUGGCUGUUCUGACAUUUUUUCUUGCUGAGACAUACAGCACUCGGCAAAUUAUCAUCACAGUGUUUGUCGUUGUUUGGGGCCUUCGGUUGUCAGGAUAUUUGCUGUAUCGCAUCAUCAAGAUCGGAGAAGAUAAACGCUUUGAUGACAAAAGAGAAAACUGUCUGAAAUUUGCUGGGUUCUGGGUAUUUCAGGCCGUGUGGGUGUUCACUGUGAGUCUGCCUGUGAUAUUCAUCAAUGCACCAGCCAGCGCACUCAAGAGCAUCUCCAUCACACCACAAGACAUUGUCGGCAUUGUGUUCUUUGCAAUAGGGCUUUUUUCAGAAACUUUUGCAGAUUUCCAAAAAUUUGGUUUCAGGAAUAAUCCAAUCAACAAAGGAAAAUGGUGUGAUAAGGGAUUAUGGAAAGUCUCCCGACACCCGAACUAUUUUGGUGAGAUCACGCUAUGGAUCGGCGUGUUCAUAAUGAGCACCAGUAUCCUGGUUGAUGCUCAGUGGGUGGCUGUCCUUAGCCCUGUGUUCACUAUGGCCAUCCUGCUCUUCCUCAGCGGUAUUCCCCUCCUGGAACAGAAGUCCGACGAGAGAUACAGAAAGAAUGAAGACUACGUCACCUACAAGAAGCGAACGAGUCCCUUGAUACCCUUCCCCCCGCCCGUGUAUGGCGUGUUCCCCUCCUUCCUCAAGUGUCUGUGCUGCUGUGAGUUCCCCCUCUACAACCACCUCAACGAGGAGGAGGAGGUCAUCAGGACAGACCAGCCACAGACUCUGGCUUGACCACAUCACCUCCUUGUGACCUGCCUGCAUUAUCUCUGUGUCAUCGUAUCCAUUCCAGACCAAUAUAUUUCAUAUUUUGUGGAUGAGGAGGUGGUCAUCAGAAUUCAUCACCAGGAGACUCUGGCUUGGCCACAUUGCAACCCUGUUGUCCCUAUCCAGGUCAAUCUCACCAUAACUGGGCCAUACCAGUUUUGACCAGAAAUGACCAGCCACUCUGACUUGACUACCUCAUCUCACAACCAGCCUUGAUCGGACACGGUUUUAUCCGAAUUAGGCCAGAUCAGACACGGUUUUAUCCGAAUUAGGCCAGAUCGAACACGGUUUUAUCCGAAUUAAGCCAGAUCAAAAUUUUUUAUUAUUAUUCUAUUUUUGUAUAUGAGGAGCAUCAGAAUUGAUCACACACAGACCUCCUUGUGACAAGCCUUGAACGAUGUCUAUUUUACAGAAACACUGUUCAAAGUGGCAUUAAACUAACCUCACUCACUCACUCAUGAUCUUGAAAAAGAAUUGUUAAUGUGGACAUCGGACCCAAUCUCAUUAAAAUCAGAUCUUAGUUUUUGCUACCACUUAACCAAGAUCUGAGGACAUCCCAUUACGGGUCACAUCAGAACGACCUUUCGCGAAUUUUGACCGACGAAUG